CACCGCCAACCGAAACACUCCUCUCGGAUGUGGAGAGUUGCAGACGUCACCAAGUGCCAGUUAUACUAACCUGAAGUACUGCCCGAAAACUGCGCCUAACGCCAAUAAUUGUGAUGACCUAGAUAGUGCAAAUGUCAAUGCGUUUUAGUGCUUCGAAAUUAGAUUGUUAUUGAAAUCCGAGUUAAACCAGAAACAAAUUAAUAGUGGAAUUAUAGUGAAUCAAUGCAGCUGAAGGUUAAAUUUGUUGAAGAUAUAUGGGACCAUGAUCCCGGUGUUGAUCUAUCUGAUGUAACGCUGAAGCUUGGAGAAUUGAAACCGCAACACGAUGAUGAUGUGCAGUUAAAGAAUGAUCUUUUAUUAAACCGGAUAGAUUACGUUAAUAAUAAAAAUCGGGACGUUGCAAAAACAGGCCCUUCGGAUGCGGUCGAACGAAACAAUUCACCAAAAAUGAACACGCUCCCGAAAGAAUCAAAUGUGAACCAAAUUGAAGAUGUGCAGAUGAAAAAAGAUUUUCCAUUUAGACGGAUAGAUUUCGAUAACAGUAAAAAUCGCGGCGUUCAAAAACCAAAUUCAGCUGAUGUGGCCGAACGCAACAAUUCCCCAAUGAUGAACACGUUCCCAAGAGCCAAAAAACAUGAUGACGACGAUUUUAUUCUGAACCAGAAGAAACGAAGAUUUUUCCAUAAUUAUAGCUUCAACUUUAAAAAACAUAAACAGUUGAAAGAAAAAAUUGCCGCCGCUGUGGAGAAGAAGAAUGUUUUUUCGAUAGUUGGAAAUUUUCCGGCAUUAAGAAAAGCACUCAAGAAACGUAAUUGGUUGGAGAAAAAACCGUGCAAAGGAGUUCUCGUGGAAGACCUGUCCAUGCAUUCGCUACUUCAUAAAGCCCAGGACGGAAAUGAAUACGAGGAGGCUCUGAUAUCGAAGAUUCUUCGACCGUAUAACGCAGACUUCAUCUGGCAGAACCGUCAUCUGAAGGAAUCGAAAAAAGAUCGUUUCUAUACGCCUUAUCGGAGCAGAAUCUACUACGAGCGGUCGUCGGACUUCACCAUAAAGGAAGGGCUUGUGAAGGUCAUCGAGUCCAUCCACUGGCACCACGAGGAUGGCAUCGCAGAACUCGACUGCCCUCGCACCCAUCUGCUGGAUUCGGAGGAUGCAAUCACAAAGUUUCUCGAAGACUUCCAACUGACGGCUUGUACCAGCUUCUUGUUCUACCUGUCCAAGUAUCUGGACGCGCUGUUCGACGCGGAAGGAACAAAAACGGUCGACAUCAUCCACACGGCGAUGAAGUUCUGCCGAUACCAUCUCGCUUGCGCUCGCCAUGAAGAUGUGGACUAUCAGGAGUACUGUGAACCUUUGCUUACCCUCGAAGACAGAACGACAAUUGUGGAGAUUUUGCACGAGGAUGCCAGAUUCAAGCUGCUGCCGGGGCAUGAAAUUUUGUCCCUGGUUGCACAGGUGAAGAAACUGGUAUUGGAGGCGACCAAGAACUUCCGGGACAUGAAAGUGGACGGCGUUCGGAAUAUUUGGAUACUGAAGCCCGGCAACCGAUGUCGGGGAUUGGGGAUUAUGAUCUUCAACGAUGACCGUAAGCUGCUGGACUACGUGGACAGUAACCAGGAUUUGAAAUACGUUGCGCAGAAGUACAUUGAGAAACCCCUCCUGAUCCACAACACGAAAUUCGACAUCCGACAGUAUUUUUUGAUCACCUUCACCAGCCAUCAGCUGAAAGUGUGGAUGUAUCGCGAGUGCUACCUGAGAUUCAGUUCUCGCGAGUUCAAUCUUGACGACUUCAACGAAUCUAUCCAUCUGACCAACUAUUCCAUCCAAAAGUAUUAUGCGGGGACCCCGAGGAAACAGAGCUGCCCGCUCCCUUCGUGCAACAUGUGGUCCAGCAAGCAGUUCCAACAACAUCUACAAUCGCUGGAUAAGGGAUACUACUGGGAGCGAAAAAUUUAUCCGGACAUGAAGAAGAACAUUCUGGCGAUUAUUUGGGCGAGCAUUGAUGGGAUGAAGAUGGAACGCAACAUGUUCGAGUUGUACGGAGCCGAUUUCAUGGUGACGGAAAAUUUUCGAACCAUGCUCAUUGAGAUUAACUCCAGUCCGGAUUUGUCUCCGUCUACCGAAGUUACUGAAGCAAUUUGUCCAGCCGUAUUAGAAGAUCUAGUAAAAGUUGUGAUCGACAACACCAACGAUAAACGAGCCGGCACCGGUCAGUUCGAGUGUAUCUAUUCGGUCGAAAUUCCCCGUGUCGCUCCAUACGGAUACGGACUGUCGCUCGAGGGGAAAUUCAUAGGUCCCAGGAAUCGAUGCCGAAGCCCACUGCCACCAACCGGACCAACGAUGUGUUCAUUGAAUCGUAGUCGCACUGCCAAGAUAACACCCGUUACAAUUUCAUCGCCUCUUGCAUCGAACGGCGGAAGUAAGGGAUCUAGCGCAAACAAUUCGGUCGAAAGACCACGUUCGAAUAUGAGUAGAUAAUGCGAAUUUUAAAUCGUUACCAAAAUGUUACACAUGUUACACACAACUGAGUGUUGCUUCAACCGUCAUUACAGUAGUUUAUAGCUAAAUCGAAGUAUAUAUGGAUCCAUUUAUUGUACUAACCGAAUAAAGAACACG